AGUAGCCGAAACUCAAAUCAGAUUUUAUGUUCUUUCUCUUUCUCUUCUACUUCUCUCUCCCUCUCUCUCUUGCUCCUCGACAAGCACCGAGUCUCAGACCCACCGAUCUUCCGAUUCCUUUUCGUCUUGGUUUAUGAGAUUAUAGCCUUCCGAUAGAAUCAACAAGGUCCUCCAUGGCGGCCAGCUCAUAGAUGAAGUUUUUUUUUUUUUUUUUUUUAAGUAGAAACUCACCGAUGAAGCUUAGACUCUAGCCAAGAGACAAUCAGCUGAUGGGGCCUAUACUAGUUUCAACCUCCACCUCCCCUGGAUUAGACCUUCUUUUAAAGGCUAAGCACUUCCAUUUCAAUAAGAACCAGCUUUCAGAUACUAUCCAACUACACCCCAUCACAAAUAAUCGAAAGGUAAGGUGUCAAGGAAACUCAGCUGGUGGUGCUGUCUAUGAAAAGACAAUAAGGGAGAGAAUUUGCAUACACAAGAAACCAGUUAUAGAAACCGAUUUAAUGUCUAUUAAAAGAGAGAGAUACAAAAUUUUCAUGUCAUAAAAUAGUGAUAGCGUUUGUUAUGUUUGGCCAGUGGUUCUGCAUUGACAUAUUAUAAAUGUUUCCCAUUAUAAUCUCUUACAACUUUCCCCUCUCCUCUUUACUAAGGACUCAAAAGCAUUCUAUCA